AUGAAGCUUCUCUCCACUGCAUUCGCUGCCUUUGCUCUGCUCGCUGCCACCGUCAAUGGCUCGCCCAUGCUCCGCAUGGAAACCGAAGGCAAGAGCAAGUCUGAUCAGCAGCAAGUGCAGCAACAACAGCAGAGCAGUACCAGCACCACCAGCAGCAGCAGCAGUGGUUGUAAUCUAACCGGCACCUACAAGAAGGGCACCGACAUCUCAUCUUGCAGCUCCGUGACUAUCGACUCGCUCACUGUGCCUGCCGGUGUCACGUUGGACUUAAGCAAGACCAAGAGCGGCGCUACCAUCACGUUCACCGGCACUACGACGUUCGGACCGGCCAAGUGGGAAGGACCCCUCGUUCUGCUUGGAGGCAACAGCCUCGCGGUCAAGGGCUCCGGUAUUCUCGACGGCCAGGGCGCCUGGUACUGGAAGCAGGGACAGUCGAUCACUCGACCCGUGUUCUUCCGUCUGCAGAACGUCGUGGGCUCGACCUUGUCGGGCUUCACGCUCAAGAACUCCCCGUUCCGCACGUUCAGCAUUGUCACGUCCAAGCAGACCACGCUGAGCGGUCUGACGCUCGACUCGAGUGCCGGCAACGGUCUGGCUAAGAACACGGACGGCUUCGACCUGACCAAGAAUGACCACAUCACCAUCACCGGCAACAAGAUCUACAACCAGGACGACUGUCUCGCCAUGCAAUCCAGUACCAACACGGUGUUUAGCAACAACCUUUGCUGCGGUGGCCACGGUGUGUCGAUCGGGUCUCUCGGCGGCAACGCAGUCGACCAGUCUUCGACGGUGCAGGGUCUUACUGUGCAGGGCAACACCAUUCAGAACAGCGACAACGGUAUCCGUAUCAAGACCAUCGUCGGUCUCAAGGGUCUGGUCUCCAACGUCAAGUACGUUGACAACAAGCUCCAGAACGUCAAGAACGCCAUUGUCAUGCACUCGGACUACAGCAAGGCCAAGGGGGGCUACACAGGCUCUCCCACUAGUGCUGUCACGAUCGAAGGUGUGACGAUCUCUGGUCUGACCGGCUCGGCCACCAACUUGUACGACAUUGUUGCCAACCCGAAGGUGGUCUCGGGCUGGACCUUCUCGGGUAUCAAAGUCAGCGCGUCUGCAAACGCUUCGACCCAGCUACACUUUUGA